AUGACUGCCCUCAGGCAAUUUGAGCCUCAAGACCUUCUUCGCAUGAACCUCACAAAUCUCGAUCCCCUUACGGAGAACUAUAACAUCGACUUCUAUCUUCACUACCUAAUCACGUGGCCUUCCCUAUUCACUAUAGCUGAAGAUCAACACGGAAACAUCAUUGGCUACAUGAUGGGCAAAGUUGAAGAAGAUCCUCUAUGGGUCAAAUUCACCCCUCAUUACUUGCCCUGGCAUGGACAUGUGACUGCGCUCACCGUCGCUCCACAGAGUCGUCGCUUAGGUCUUGCGAGGUUGCUGACUGCGGCCCUAGAACGUGGUUGCGAAGAACAGAAGGCAUGGUUCGUUGACUUGUUUGUCAGGGAAGGGAAUGAGACAGCGGUCAAUUUGUAUAAGGGAAUGGGCUACAGUAUUUUCAGAAGAGUGCUUGACUACUAUAGCGAUGACCCUACAGGUAGGAAAUCUGGGGAAGACGCCUUUGAUAUGAGGAAGCCCUUGGGUAGGGACAAAAAGAGGCAGCAUAUCAGGAAGAAUGGCGGGAACUAUACGGUUUUACCCGAAGAUAUAUAUCAUGGCUAA